UUUAAGAUUAACUCCGAAAUUGUAGAGAGAGAGAGAGAGAGAGAAGAGAGUGGGUUUGUGUUUGUGUGUUUCUCUGUCGCAACGUAAUAUUAUUAUUAUUCUUCUUUGGGACAUAACAACUCAGAGAGUUCUUGCAAUUUUGCAAUCUCUCUCUCUCUCUCUCUCUCUCUCUCUAAAGUUGGCCUUUCGUUUCACCUCUCUGCCGACGAAUUUCCUCCUUUGGAUCAGUUAGGGCCGUUGGUGCUGGUUUGUAGCUUGUAGUGGAAAACCGGUUACAAUGAAGAAGGUUAUUGGCCAAACUGUUAGGGACCUUAAAAGAGAAGUAAAUAAGAAAGUGCUGAAAGUUCCUGGGAUUGAACAGAAGGUUCUUGAUGCUACCAGCAAUGAACCAUGGGGUCCUCAUGGAACUCUUCUUGCAGAUAUUGCACAGGCAACCAGAAACCCUCAUGAAUACCAGAUGAUCAUGGCAGUAAUCUGGAAGCGAAUUAAUGACACAGGCAAGAACUGGCGGCACGUCUACAAGGCUUUGACAGUACUAGAGUACUUGGUGGCUCAUGGGUCAGAGCGAGUCAUAGAUGAGAUCAGAGAACAUGCUUAUCAAAUAUCAACAUUGUCCGAUUUUCAAUAUAUUGAUUCCAGUGGAAGAGAUCAAGGAAACAAUGUCAGGAAGAAAUCUCAAAGUCUGGUUGUCCUUGUGAAUGAUAAAGAAAGAAUCAUAGAAGCAAGGCAGAAGGCUUCUGCUAACAGGGACAAGUUUCGCAACAAUGCACCAGGUGGAAUGUAUAGACCUGGUUCUUAUUCAAGUAGUGGAGCCUAUGGUGACAGAUAUGAUGAUGAUCGUUAUGGGAGCAGAGAGGAAGAUAGAAAUGGCUAUGGUUAUGGAAGAGAAAAAGAAUGGGGUUAUAGAGAUGAUGAUCGCAAUAGUCGUGAUGGAGAUCGUUAUGGCAGAGAUUAUGAAGAACGUUAUGGCAGGGAUGGUUACAGAGAUGAUGACUAUAGGGGAAGAAGUAGAAGUGUUGAUUACCAACAGGAGUCAAGAAGCAGGAGCUCUGAUAGAGAUCGUUAUGAUGAUGAUGGACAACACUCAUCUCGAGGAAGCAAUGCUAAAGCUGAAGACCAAUCGCUGGAAGCAAGGCUUGAGCGGAAACUAUCUGAGCAAAAUGCAGCUGCUCCUCCUAGCUAUGAAGAAGCUGUUGGCGAAUCUCGCAGCCCUGUACACAGUGAAAGAGAUGUGGAAACUUCAGCAGUAUCUGCUCCAAGAGACCCCUCUCCCGUAAAUGAUAAUCCUAGUCAAACCUCUGCUCAUACAGAAUCUUCUCCUGUAAACAAUAAUCCAACUGAAGCAACUACUGCUGCAUCUGGAGCUAAGGAAACUGAGGCAACUGAUGAUUUUUUUGACCCACGUGGUCCUUCAUCAGCUGCCCCAGCCGCCCCAGCUGUCCCAGCCACCCCAGCUGCCACCAAUAACGUUGAAGUGGACUUGCUUGGUUCCCUCUCAGACUCAUUUUCAUCAAAUGCAUUGUCUCUUGUACCAGUUGAAUCAGCAACUGCAGCCCCUGUUGCAAAUGCUGGAUCAACAGCUUCCUUUGAAGCACCAUCAUCUGGGUCCAAUAAUUUCAAUCAGUCUUUUGAAGAUCCAUUUGGUGACUCGCCGUUCAAGGCUUUUACUUCCGCUGAAACUGCUCCGGCUCAACCCCUGGCGUAUCAGAAUACUGAACCAUCCCAAUCAAAUGGCCAUAAUGCAGAAACGAUCUCUAACUUUGGGUUUGGGGACUCAUUUUCUGUUGUACCAUACUCUGCACCUGUUGCCUCUGACACUCAACCUUUCUCUACAAACUCCCAGUUUUUGUCUCAAGAUUUGUCAUCGCAGCAGCAGGAAACAGAUAUUCUUGCAGACAUUCUUCCUCCUGCACCCUUGCCUGAGAUGACUUCGCAGCAGAACAUUUCAGCACCUGCUUUUGCCCAUCCAUCUUCACCUUCCUUUCCAGCUUCAUCUGGUCAAAUGGCUUCACAACCAUUUUCUGAACAGACAGGCCAAUAUAACCAGAAAGGUUUCUCAGCUGCAACCAGUCAACCUGCACAAACCUUUCCAGGUCCUACAGAUCAACUUUCUCAACAAUCCUUUUCUGCUCCUAAUGGCCAACCAGGACAAGUACAAGCAUCCUUUUCAUCUCCCACCAGUCAAUAUGCACAACAACCCUUUUCAUCUCACGCUGGUCAACCUGGUUUGCAUGCAUUUUCAUCGCCAACUAGCCAGCAUAUGCAGUCACCUUUUGCUUCUCCAGGUGGCCAACCUGCACAAUCACCUUUUGCUUCUCAAGGUGGCCAACCUGUACAGUCACCUUUCUCUUCUCAAGGUGGCCAACCUGCACAGUCACCUUUCGCUUCUCAAGGUGGCCAACCUGCGCAAUCACCUUUUGCUUCUCAAGGUGGCCAACCUGCCCAAUCACCUUUUGCUUCUCAAGGUGGCCAACCUGCCCAAUCACCUUUUGCUUCUCAAGGUGGCCAACCUGCCCAAUCACCUUUUGCUUCUCAAGGUGGCCAACCUGCCCAAUCACCUUUUGCUUCUCAAGGUGGCCAACCUGCCCAAUCACCUUUUGCUUCUCAAGGUGGCCAACCUGCCCAAUCACCUUUUGCUUCUCAAGGUGGCCAACCUGCCCAAUCACCUUUUGCUUCUCAAGGUGGCCAACCUGCCCAAUCACCUUUUGCUUCUCAAGGUGGCCAACCUGCCCAAUCACCUUUUGCUUCUCAAGGUGGCCAACCUGCCCAAUCACCUUUUGCUUCUCAAGGUGGCCAACCUGCACAACCUGGUAUGUAUGGUGGAUUUCACUCCCAGGAUGGAUCUCUUACUUCAGGAGCUUCAACCAUGUCUCCUCAAUCCCAAAAUGGAUAUAAUGGGCAUAUGAACAGUGGGAACUUCCUGCCCCAAGGAUCUACGGCAGCUUUUGCUUCACACAUGGCUCCCCAAGCUCCAACAGGGCAGUUGUCACAGGGCUCCAACUUUCCCCAUCAUAUGUCUUCUCCCUCUCCAACACAUCAACCAUCACAGUUUAACAGUCAGAGCUUUAUGGGACAAGGGAAUGGAGCCCCCUUCAACUCACCAAUUACCAAUCAAUCACUCGCUUCUAAUGCUUCACCGUAUGCUGUUUCAACAGGAACAACUGCUUUAGUUUCUCAACCAUCCAAGGACAAGUUUGACACAAAAUCAACAGUUUGGGCGGAUACUCUGAGUAGGGGACUUGUUAAUUUGAAUAUAUCCGGACCUAAAACAAAUCCAUUAGCAGAUAUUGGGGUGGACUUUGAUGCCAUUAAUAGGAAGGAAAAGAGAAUGGAGAAGCCCACUACCCAAGCAGUAACAUCAACUAUAACUAUGGGUAAAGCUAUGGGAUCCGGCUCAGGUAUGGGUCGGACCGGUGCUGGUUCUCUCAGGCCUCCUCAAAACACGAUGAUGGGUUCUGGUAUGGGAAUGGGUAUGGGUAUGGGUAUGGGCAAUGGUCCAGGUGUUGGUAUGGGUAUGGGUAAUGGUCCUGGUGUUGGUAUGGGUAUGGGAGGCUAUGGAGGUAUGAAUCCAUCAAUGGGUAUGGGUAUGGGUAUGGGAAUGGGUGGGAUGGGAGGAAUGAGUAUGGGACAAGGAUACCAAAUGCAACCCCCAACUGGAAUGCCGCCUGGUUCCAACAUGCCAGGUAAUUAUAACAACUCCAUGAUGGGUCUAGGUAGUUAUGGUCAACAGCCAUAUGGUGGCUACCGAUGAGAUUGAACACUGCCUUGGAUAGCAAGGUGAAUUAUUACUGAUUGUUUUGCUACAAGUUGAGAAAAAGAAAGGCCAAUACCAGUGCUACUAUUAGUAGUCUACAUCGUUAAAGAUGCAAUUUUCUGUAAAGUGAUCCAGUGUGAUGUAUGUGUAAUCUUGUUAUAAAUAUGCUGUUACCAUUCUUUUUCGGGUCACCCUCCUUCUAUAGGUGCUUUGAGCAUCAAUGUCGUGUACCAGUGACUGGAUAGAAUAACCUUACUUGGGUUAUUGCUUUAUUUUGCUUGUUCCUCAUUUUUUGAACACCGACAGGUGGUUUGAUAUUAAUAUAUUUUUUCCAUGGUACUUUUAUGUUUGUCA